AAUUACAUAAAAAAAUAGUGAUAAAAAUUGUAUAAUUAUAAAAAUUAAAACUAAAAAGUAUUCAAAAUAUAAAAUAUAACUAUAUUUCUAUUUAUACUAUUAUAUUAUUUAAUAUUAAACCUGAAUAUGUUUAAUUUAGUGAUGAUGUAUGAUUUAUUACCAUAUUAUAAAAACUCACAUAAAUAUAAAUGUACAUGUCAUAGUUAACUUCAAGAUGUGUCAUAUUUUUGUAAGAAGCUAUGUCAUAUUUUCCUAAUAAAAAUAACACUUAAUCAAAUUAAAAAAAUUAUCAAAACUAGUAUUUAAAAUUAUAUUAUUUUGUUCGAUUUAUAUAUUUAUAUUUUAACUAGAAAUUUUUUAAGUGUACUAAAAUUUAUUGUAAAAUCAAAAUUAUAAGAAUAUGUAUAUGUAAAUAACAUUUGAUAUUUAGAAAUCAUUAAAUGAAUAAGAAGUAAUUUUAGUAAGUAGUAAAAUUCAUAAUUUAAUAACACGAUUUCCAAAUUUAUUAAAAAUUAAAAUAGUUAACAUCUGGCUAAAUCAUCCAAAACUUAACGGUGGCUGGUAUGCGUUUUUAUAAAAAGAGUUAUAACUUAUAAGUCGGAACAUAAAGCAGAAAAGAUGAAUAACCAAUUGCGCCCAAAAUAGUUAAAGAAGGCAAAACAAACACAUCAAUCGUACAAAAGGAUAAUUGUUUAUUGCCGAACAUGUGAGUGAUCCAGUCUUCACUAAUCACUCAGAGGUGGAUUCGUAAAUUGCACUCUCUCCAGAUCUACAGACUUCACUGGAAGAUCCGAUCAUCAACCCGUUUACCCGGUCUCUUCAAGGACCUUGAACUUCAACAACAGAGCAAAGGACCUAUCUUUGUUAAUGUUAUCUCUCGCAUUCAAUCUACUAAGAUGCUUGGUGGGAAAAGUUACAUACUCAGAGGCAGUGUAUCACUUGCCUUGGUCACCCUCAUCCUUUUGGUGAUAACCCUCCUCGUCUCCGAGGAUAACCCGCUUCAUACUUCUCUCUUUGAUGUGAAACGUCAGUUCACAGCUUCUUCUUCUUCUUCUUCUUCUUCUUCUUCAGUUUGUAACUUUGCAAAGGGGAGAUGGGUUAAAGACAGGAACCGACCAUUGUAUUCUGGUUUUGAAUGUAAACAGUGGUUAUCAACCAUGUGGUCUUGUAGAGUAAUGGGCAGACCAGACUUCUCAUUUGAGGGUUACCGUUGGCAACCGCAAGGUUGCAACAUGCCACACUUUGAUAGAUUCACCUUCUUGAAAAGAAUGCAGAAUAAGACGAUAGCAUUUAUAGGAGACUCGUUGGGACGGCAACAGUUUCAGUCUCUCAUGUGUAUGGCCACUGGUGGUGAAGAUAGCCCAGAGGUUCAAAACGUGGGAUGGGAGUACGGUUUGGUGAAACCCAAAGGAGCUAUUCGUCCUGAUGGUUGGGCUUAUCGGUUCCCCACCACAAACACAACCAUCUUAUACUAUUGGUCAGCUAGUUUAUCAGAUUUAGUACCCAUGAACAACACUGAUCCACCUCGUCUUACUGCAAUGCAUCUAGACCGUCCACCAGCGUUCAUGAGAAACUAUCUCCACCGUUUCGACGUAUUGGUUCUAAACACAGGUCACCACUGGAACAGAGGCAAGAUCGAAGGAAACCACUGGGUGAUGCACGUGAACGGAACACAAGUCGAAGGAGAGUUUCUCAAGGACAUCAAAGACGCUAAAGAUUUCACAAUACGCAGCGUUGCGAAGUGGCUAGACGCACAGCUUCCGUUGCAUCCGCGUUUGAAAGCUUUCUUUAGGACGAUAUCUCCGAGGCAUUUUAGAAACGGAGAUUGGAACACGGGUGGGAACUGUAACAACACGGUUCCUUUGUCUAGAGGAAGCGAGAUCACAGGGGAUGUUGAUGGAUCGGUUGAUAAGACGGUGGAGAGUGCUGUGAAUGGGACAAGGAUCAAGAUUCUUGACAUAACUGCACUCUCUGAGCUGAGAGAUGAAGCUCAUAUCUCAGGGUCUAAACUCAAACCAAGAAAACCUAAAAAGGUUAGUAACGUGACGUCCACUCCUCCGAUUGUCAACGAUUGCUUGCAUUGGUGCUUACCUGGGAUACCUGAUACUUGGAAUGAACUAUUCAUAGCUCAGAUUUAAAGUACUCCAACACCAUUCAUUACACACAAAGUGUAGUUCAAUGUAUUUGGCUCUGUUAUAGAAAUUUUUGUUUUUUUUUACAUUCUUUUUAGGAGAAAAAAACAAAGGCUACAGUUUGUCAUACAAAUAGUGUUACAGGCAGCGUUUGCUGCGGUUGAGGAUGAAUCACGUUUGAUAGUUCUGCACUCGACUGUUGUAUACUUGUAUUAGUCCUGCGGUUUUGAAAUUUUAGUUAGUUCAGUUCAA